AUGGCCGAUAUAUCCCAAGGUAAUCGCCUGGAAGGCAAGGUUGCCGUGGUGACAGGGGCCGGCAGCGGCUUCGGCGCGGCUAUCGCCAAGCUCUUUGCUGCCCAGGGGGGGCAGGUCGUGGUGGCCGACAUCAACGUCCAAGGCGGAGAGGCCGUGGCAUCGGCGGAGCCGUCACGGAUGCAUUUUUUGAAGCUGGACGUGACCUCUCUGGAAGACUGGAAGGCCGCCCUUGACUUUGUCAACUCUAAAUGGGGACACGUCGACGUGCUGGUCAACAACGCGGGGACCAGCUACCGCAACAAGCCCACGCUCGAGGUAACGCAGUCGGAAUUCGACCGAUGUAUCAAUGUCAAUGUUGCUAGCAUCUAUCACAGCGUCAAUGUCUUCGUGCCCAAAUUUAUCGAACAAAAGACCGGUGCCUCUGUCAUUAACGUGUCGAGCAUCGGCAGCGAAAGGCCCCGGCCUGGUCUGGUGUGGUACAACGCCAGCAAGGGGGCCGUCAGCAACGCGACCAAGGGACUGGCAGCGGAAUUCGGACAACAUAACAUUCGCUUCAAUAAUCUGUGCCCGCUGCUUUCGGGGACGGGCCUGUUUGAGACUUUUGUAGGUGUUCCCGACACGCCUGAAAAUCGGCAGAAGUUUAUUGGCAACGUACCGCUAGGCCGUCUGACCGACCCCAACGACGUGGCCUACGCCGCCCUGUACUUGGCCAGUGACGAGGGGGCCUUCAUUACGGGUGUCAGCCUCGAGGUGGACGGUGGCCGAGCCAUUUAA